AUCGGCAUCCAUUAGAAAACAUAAUGUGGGAUUGUCAUACACAAACGCCUCAUGAUUCAUAUCAUGCAAUGGGUGGUAAAACGCGGAGACUAUUGGAUACGACAUUUCAUUUGUUGACUUCCAACGGUGAAUCAGAAUGGCUAUAUCACUGGAAGUCAAUAGAAAAACCACCACGAUGGUCAAAAUUGCCGAACCCUAUAUUGCAUAGACAGAGUUUUAUGUUCUCCGAUAUAUUUCGAUUAGCGAUGUUGAUGCCAUUCAUUCUCAAACGCUUCCUCACAUGGCGUCAUAUAAAAAGCGAUGCAUUAACAUUGAUAAAAGAACGAUUAAAUCUGUCACGUGUUGAUCAGGUUGCCACCAGGGUAUUACAAGUCUGGGUAACUGAGGCAAAAACGUUGAAGCUUGCCUUCUCAGUUACAAUGGAUACAAAUGCCUAUAAAGCUCUUGAAAAAACUUUAAGAGAGCAAAGUCGUCUUCUGACUGAGGUAUUUCCUGAGGAUUUUGCAAACGUGCCAAAUCUCCAUCUAAACGUUCAUUUACCCCAACAUGCAAAAAAUUUCGCAACCCUUGUCAACACGUCAGUAGGGGUUAAAGAAAUGGUACAUCGUAUAUUCAAAGGGGUGGUAGGGCACACUAACCACAAAAGUAUCGAGUUAGACCUUAUUAAAAGAUACAACACCGUUCAAGCGCUCCGACAUCUGGUGGAUGAGGGUGAAGAUCCACGUUUUAUAAAUAGAAAAUGGAUAGCGCAAGUAACGUGCAAGGAAUUCUUGUGCAAAUUUCUGUCUGGUUGGUAUGCAGUUGAGAAACCAUUACUGGAAGAAAAUAACACGGAUGUUGAAGCAACUCACAUGGUAUCACACGAUCCUCACUUUAUUAAUAUUAGAUUACGCAAAAAGUGGGAUCGCACGCAAAUAGUUGGAGCAGGGUUUACAAAAAUACUAGAUCCAGAUAACACCCUGUUCCACCACCUCUCUGCUGCAUACUCAGAUGAUAUGGAUAUGAAAGGAGCGUUAAUUAACAGGCGUCUGGAAUUUUAUGAUUAUGUGUCAUAUGAAGUACUAGAUGGCGAAGAGGCUGAGGAACGGGUAUCCUUGCGAGUAGGGAACGUGAUUGAUAUGAAAGAAGAGGAAGAGGAGGAUGCUUUUGCUAUAAUUCGGGCAAUUUUUUGCCAUAUGGCAAAUAACACAAACAGAUAC